AUGGUUUUUGUGGCUGGACUGAUUGGUAUUAUAGUAUUCUAUCUCGCCAUAUUGGGUGUUGGAAUAUGGGCGAGCAGAAAAGCCAAAAACAAUUCAGAAGAAGAAUUAAUGUUGGCCGGAAAGAGUUUAGGUUUCGUAGUCGGAACGUUGACAUUAGUUGCAACUUGGGUCGGUGGGGGAUACAUAAAUGGUGCUAGCGAAGUUAUGUUCACUCGAGGCCUACUAUGGGCACAAGUACCCGUAGGAUACAGCUUAGCUUUGCUCGCCGGAGCAUUAUUGUUUGUUAAACCCAUGAGGGAUGCAAAUUGCAUCACGUUAUUGGAUCCCUUUCAAAGAAAAUAUGGUAAUACGAUUGGUGCUUUUUUAUUCAUACCAUGCAUAUUAGGGGAUCUUUUUUGGGUUGGAUCAAUAUUAAACGCUUUAGGUUCUUCUUUGGUUGUUAUAACCGAAUUGAGUCCUAUAAUGUCAAUCGUUUUGAGUGUAAUUUUUGUCGCAUCUUAUACCAGUAUUGGAGCAAUGUACAGUGUCACUUACACAGAUGUCGUUCAAUUGUUUUUAAUAUUGUUCGGUUUGGUUUUAUCCGUACCUUUCGUGGCAAGGAACGAAUACAUAAAUAAUGAUAAAUUAAAUCAAGUUGAUUGGGUUGGUAGUAUAGCACCAUUAGAUUUAGGAGAAUGGAUAGAUACAAUGUUGUUACUCAUAUUCGGGGGUAUACCCUGGCAGGGAUACAUGCAAAGGAUUCUGGCAAUAAGAAAUACAAAAACCGCACAGUAUUUAUCAAUGAUAUCAACUUUUGGUUGUGCCAUCAUGUCGGUACCUUCGGCUUAUAUUGGUGUUGUAGCCAGAGCCGUGAAUUGGGAUGAAGUUCCUACAUUUCAUAGAAAUGUAACAUCUAUGGAUGGUAGCGAUAUACUUCCGAUUGUUUUACGUCACUUGACACCGGCUGCCAUUGGUUUUUUCGGUCUCGGUGCAAUAUCCGCUGCCGUUAUGAGUUCAGCGGAUUCAAGUGUUUUAUCAUUUAGCGCAAUGUUUUCGAGAAAUUUAUAUAAAAAUUUAAUUCGUAAAAAAGCUUCCAGUAAAGAAAUAGUUUGGGUAUUGAGAAUAACAAUUUUAUGUAUUUCCGUAUUGUCGGCUAUCAUAGCCCUUACGGUUCCCAGUGUAUAUUAUCUCUCCGUUCUUAGUUCAGAUCUCAUUUACGUUAUUCUUUUUCCUCAACUUUUAUUGGUGGUACAUUGGAAUAAUUUUGUCAAUUCUUACGGAUGUAUUUUUUCAUAUCUCGUAGGAGGGACGCUUAGAAUUUUAGGUGGAGAACACGCUUUGGGUUUGCCAACCGUUAUCAAAUACCCGAAUUACGAUCACGUUAAAAACAGGCAAAAAUUUCCGCACAGGACUUUCGCGAUGCUGUGCUCUCUGGCCGCGCACAUUCUAAUAAGUUCAAUAACGCACGUUUUAUUCAUAAAAAAAAUAGUACCCAUCAAAUACGAUUUUUUACAUUGUUUCGAAGAGGAAGAAAAAACGAAUCCGUCUUCCGUUUCGCUAACGAAUUUAACGCGAGACGAUAAGAAAAAGAAUAAAAAAAUAAUUAAAACGCAAAAGGAAUUUCGAAACGGUUCGACGACCGCUUUCGACGAUCCCGCGGGAACAUCAAAAUAA